CCUCUGCGUUUCCUACCAGAGAACAUUGCUAAGAGAUCCCCUCAUGCGUUUGUGCCCUUCUCAGCUGGGCCAAGAAACUGCAUCGGUCAGAACUUUGCUAUGAAUGAGAUGAAAGUGGUGACAGCUCUGACACUGAAGCGAUACCAGCUCAUAGCGGAGCCCACUAUGAAACCCAAGAUCAUCCCCCGACUGGUUCUCCGCUCACUCAAUGGCAUCCACAUCAAGAUCAAACCUUUAGAGACUUAGCUA